AUAAUUAACGAUCCCGGUUUAUUCCUCAGGCUCCUAAGGCCGGUGUCUGUGGCCGGCGUGAUGGAGCACGCGCUGCAGCACCGCGAGCGCGUCGGCGUCAGCGACUUCGUGCUGCUCGAGGACUUCCGCUCGGAAGAAGCAUUCAUCGACAAUUUGCGCAAGAGAUUCCGCGAGAACAUUAUCUAUACUUACAUCGGUAACGUGCUUAUCUCGGUUAAUCCAUACAAGAAUCUACCUAUCUAUACGGAAGAGAAGACUAAACAGUAUUACAGGAAGGCAUUCUUCGAGGCACCUCCACACGUGUUCGCAAUAGCCGACAAUGCGUACAGAUCGUUGGUGUACGAGCACAGAGAACAAUGCAUCCUCAUUUCAGGUGAAUCCGGUUCUGGUAAAACUGAAGCCUCUAAAAAAGUCCUCGAGUACAUCGCUGCUAGGACAAACCACUUGCGCAACGUCGAGAACGUCAAGGACAAACUCCUGCAAACCAAUCCUCUGCUGGAAGCCUUUGGUAAUGCUAAAACAAACAGAAACGACAACUCGAGCCGCUUCGGGAAAUAUAUGGACGUUCAGUUCAACUAUGAGGGAGGACCAGAGGGAGGGCAUAUUCUUAACUACCUCUUGGAGAAGUCCAGGGUGGUCAGUCAGAUGACCGGGGAGAGGAACUUCCAUGUGUUCUACCAAUUACUGGCUGGCGGUGACGAAACACUCAUGAAUAGAUUGAAACUUCAAGGCAGGCCUGAAGCUUACAAGUAUACGACAGAUGUGGCAGUACAAUCAAGCCAAAAAAAUACAGACGCGGAUCAAUUCCGCGUGGUAAGAGAGGCGAUGAAGGUGAUAGAAAUAGGAGAAUCAGAACAAUUAGCGAUGUUUGAGAUCGUAGCGAGUGUGUUGCAUUUAGGCAAUGUAAAGUUCGUGCAAAAUGACAAAGGAUACGCAGAAAUACUCUCGCAUGAUGCCAACAGUGGAAAUGUGGCAGAGCUUCUGAAAGUGGAUACUCUAAAACUCCGCGAAGCACUAACCAGUCGCACGAUUGAUGCUCGCGGAGACGUCGUCAACACACCCCUGGACCAAGAACAGGCGCAAUUCGCCAGAGACGCGCUAGCUAAGGCCAUUUACGAUAAAUUGUUCAGCUGGCUCGUAUUGAGAAUCAAUUCUUCAUUGACACCAAAAGAGAAAGACGCGAGGUCAUCGGUCAUUGGCAUAUUGGAUAUUUAUGGAUUCGAAAUAUUCCCUAAAAACAGUUUCGAGCAGUUCUGCAUUAACUUCUGCAAUGAAAAACUGCAGCAACUUUUCAUCGAGCUAACAUUGAAGCAGGAACAGGAGGAGUACUUACGCGAGGGCAUCGUCUGGGAGCCUGUCGAAUAUUUCAACAAUAUCAUUAUUUGCGACCUUAUCGAGGCCAGACAUAAAGGUAUAAUCGCUAUUCUUGAUGACGAGUGUCUACGACCAGGAGAUGCCACGGAUGCUAGUUUCCUCGAGAAACUAACGCAGAGUUUGGAUGGACACCGACACUACAAGUCACACCGAAAGGCUGACUCCAAGACACAAAAACUCAUGGGCAGAGAUGAAUUUUGUCUAGUCCACUACGCAGGCGAGGUGACGUACAAUGUAAGCACUUUCUUGGAGAAGAACAACGACCUUCUGUUCCGCGAUAUCCAGAGCCUCAUGGGCACUAGCGGCAACGCCGUCGUCCAUGACUGCUUCAAGGAAUGCAACCUGAGAAGCAAGAAACGUCCGGAGACAGCUAUUACGCAGUUCAAAAACUCUCUUAAUGAGCUAAUCAAGAUUCUUAGUAGCAAAGAACCUUCAUACAUUAGGUGUAUCAAGCCCAAUGAUUUCAAGGCACCUAUGCAAUUCGACGACAAGUUGGUAUCGCAUCAGGUGAAGUAUCUCGGGCUUAUGGAGAAUCUGCGCGUGCGACGCGCCGGCUUCGCCUACAGGAGAACUUAUGAGACAUUCCUAGAAAGAUACAAGUGUUUGUCAUCGGAAACAUGGCCGAACUACCGUGGCGCCGCGCGCGACGGCGUACAGAAACUCGUCGAAGCACUCAACUAUGAACGAGAGGAUUACCGUAUGGGCAACACAAAAAUCUUCAUACGCUUCCCGAAGACCCUAUUCGAAACGGAGGACGCGUACCAGAUAAAGAAGAACGACAUCGCCACCAUAAUACAGAGCAGGUGGCGCGGAUACUGGCAGCGGAAGCAAUACCUCAAGAUGAGGCAAGCCGCCAUCGUCAUACAGAAGUGGGUCCGGAGGUUCCUCGCACAGAGACUGCGCCAGAGGAGGAGGAAGGCCGCUGACGUCAUCAGGGCCUUCAUCAAAGGUUUCAUCACCCGGAACGGUCCGGAGACGCCGGAAAACCGUCGGUUUUUGGGCAUAGCGAAGGUUCACUGGCUGAAGCGGCUCUCCCAACAACUCCCCAAGAAAAUCCUGGACCUCUCCUGGCCGCCAUGCCCCGCCACCUGCCAGGCAGCAUCCAAGGAGUUACAUAGGCUACAUCGCGCGCACUUGUCCCGCAAGUAUCGGCUCGCGCUCUCGCCUGCUGACAAGAAACAGUUCGAACUCAAACUUCUUGCAGAGAAGAUCUUCAAGGGCAAGAAGAAUAGCUACCCCAGCAGCAUCGGUCCUCGUUUCCAAACAGACAGAUUGCGGCCGGAACACCAGGUGUUACGGAACUCGUUCAUGGCCUCGCCCUCCUGGCCUACCGGGGAACAGCUUAUCUAUUCGUGUGAAGUAGUGAAAUACGACAGACGCGGGUACAAGCCCCGCGAGCGCACGCUGCUCGCGUCGGACAAGGCGCUGUACGUGCUGGACGCGUGCGGCCGCAAGACCUACCGCCUCAAGCAUCGCCUGCCGCUCGACAAACUGCGGGUAGUACUCACCAACGAGUCGGACGGGCUGCUGCUCAUCAAGAUACCGCAGGACCUUAAGAAGGACAAGGGCGACUUAAUAAUCGCAGUAUCGCACUUGAUCGAGGCGUUGACCAUUGUUACGGACUACACCAAGAGACCGGAGCUGAUAGAGAUCGUUGAUACUAAGUCCAUCGCGCACGACCUCGUGAACGGCAAACAGGGCGGCACCAUCGAAGUGACCAACGGACCGCAACCAGUCAUCCAGCGCGCCAAGAGCGGCAAUCUACUCGUCGUUGCUACUCCCUGA